UUCACCUAAAAAUAACUUCAAAACCCUAAACCCUCCCCCCAAAAACUUUCUUCCUCGAGAUCCCCGAAAAAUAUGUCGACUGAAGCUACAACCACCACAUCUGAGGCGGCGGCGACGGCAACCGAGCCUUUCAAGCCCUACGCUCUCUCCCAAACCCUAGCCGUCCAUAAAAACUCCAUCUCCUCCGUCAAAUUCUCCUCCGACGGCAGCCUCCUCGCCUCCUCCUCUGCCGACAAAACCCUCCGGACCUACUCUCUCUCCCCCUCCGCUGCCACCCUCACUCCAAUCCAUGAAUACUCUGGCCACGACCAAGGCGUCUCCGACGUGGCCUUCUCCAACGACUCCCGGUUCCUCGUCUCUGCUUCCGACGACAAAACUAUCCGUAUCUGGGACGUUCCCACUGGUUCUUUGAUAAAAACCCUUCACGGCCACACCAACUAUGUCUUCUGCGUCAACUUUAACCCUCAAUCUAACAUGAUAGUUUCGGGUUCUUUCGAUGAAACGGUGCGCAUUUGGGACGUGAAAACUGGGAAAUGCUUGAAAGUUUUGCCCGCUCAUUCUGAUCCAGUCACAGCCGUUGAUUUUAAUCGAGAUGGUUCCCUUAUAGUUUCGAGUAGUUAUGACGGGCUUUGUAGAAUUUGGGACGCUGGAACUGGGCAUUGUAUGAAGACUUUGAUUGAUGAUGAGAACCCACCUGUUUCUUAUGUUAAGUUUUCGCCUAAUGGGAAAUUUAUUCUGGUUGGGACUCUGGAUAAUACUUUAAGGCUUUGGAACUUUGAAACUGGGAAGUUUCUGAAAACUUACACCGGUCAUGUAAAUUCAAAGUUCUGCAUUUCAUCUUCUUUCUCUAUUACAAAUGGGAAGUAUAUCAUUAGCGGCUCCGAGGACAACUGUGUAUACCUGUGGGAACUUCAGUCCAGGAAGGUAGUUCAGAAGUUGGAAGGUCAUACCGAUGCUGUUAUAUCGGUUGCAUGUCACCCCAACCGCAACAUGAUUGCAUCGGCUGCACUCGGCAACGAUAAGACUGUGAGGAUCUGGACUCAGGAGAAGGAAUGAUCUUGGCUUCUAUACGAUGUUCAGUAUGUUUCACGUUGGAGCUGGUAACGAUUUUCGAUUUUAAGUGUAGGCCAACUUGCUUGUCCGAAUGAAACGUACAUUUUUUUCUGGACCUUUUUGCUAUUUAUGAUAACGAAGAUUACUCCGUAUACCUUAAUUUAGGCCUAUGACCCCCUUUCAGCCCGUGUAUCUAAUAACCACCUUUUUGAGAUGUAUUCA